GGUAUAUAAAAAUCGAUAUGGUACAAGUCAAGUUAAGCAGACACUAGCUUUGGUGAUCUGUACUGAUACUGCAGAGCAGCUAGCCCUUUUAUCUUUCGACAAUGCGAAAAACUGUUUAACUGAAUAGAGAGUAGAGCAACUAAGAAGCAACUCCAUUCCGCCUUCAGCAGUUGUUUCAACCGUUCAUAUGUUAGAAGCAAACAAAGAGGCGAGUCGAAAGAGCCACUCUGAUCCUAGAAUAUUGUUAGGAUUCACAUCUGGACAUCUCUUGAUGUACCGCGUUCGAACUCAAAUUUACACGUACAAUGCUCCCCGUGUUAGAGAUCCUGUCGAUCUCACUGAAUUUGUUGAAUUCAAAAACCAGCCUAUAGACCACAUAGCUUGUACUAGAACAUCCAACAGCUUCAAGCUCUUCGUUAUCAUUUCGCAGAAUGAUGGCAGCGAAAUUGACAAUAAUGCGACUCAUGACGAUAAAAAACCUUAUGUCCGGCUCGUAGAAGUUUAUGCUGACAACUUGAAAAAAGAUUUAGGACUCGUUUCACCUCAUGCUUACGGAUCUGCAACCAACCAGAUUGUCGCAAUUGAUUUUGCUUUGGUUCGCAAGAUUUUUAGUACGGAUAGAACACACUUGUUUUUACUAACGGAAAAUGCAUCUCAUUAUUUUCUUGAUAUUUUGACUGUUGGCUUAAACGACAGUACAAGUCAUUCCUCACUUCGACAAGUUUCUCGUCUUCCCAUCCCCAAGGAGACCUGUUACGAAAUGGUUUUCAAGACUUUAAAGCAAGAUAAUAACGAAAUCUCAUCAUCUUCAUUUACGUUUAAUAUGAAGGGUUUUUUACAGACGAACGACAGAAGUGUUAUUUAUGAUACGAUUAUCCAAUUUUACAAAUCGCAUGCAAACCAGUCAUUAAUAAAACAUUACCACGCCCAUCACGACAAUGUUGAAGCUGAAAACAAAGGAGUAGCAUCUUCACCUUUGGAAAGUCAUCGCUCAUCAAAACGGCAAAGAAGACACGGUAGUGACUCUACACAGGAAUCAGUAUUAAACGACGAAAAAGAUAUAGUAGUCCAUCGUCUGUCGACAAUUCACCGCCACCUCUACUCAGUCCACCUCCGUCAGUAUCAUAUCCCAGUUUAGAUGGAAAUGCAGCAUCCGCUCAGCUGCAACAGCAAUCUACUGAACCUCAAG